GGAUAUUCUCGCCGGAGGGUCUGCCGGUUUCACGUGUUUGAACUAGUGACAGAGACAAGAUGAAGGGUCGCCUACUGGUGUUGGCCCUGGUGGUGGCUGUGCUCUGCAGCGUCGAAGCGCAGCAGAAGCACCGGCGUCGCCACCGCCGGCUGCGCACGACCACCACGACGGAGGCGCCCGGCGGCGGUGAGGGGCCCUCCCCCUCCCCCGACCCCGCCCCCGUCCCCGCCCACGCCGCGCCCGAGGACACCGAGGCGGAGCACCUCGAGCUCGGCAUGGCGGAGCGACUCGACGAGACCAGAUUCCAGGAAUCUGAGAAGAGUCGUGUCAAUGAAAUAUUGAAUGAAAACGGACAGACUGGUGAUAAUGACUUGUUUCUCGAUGAUCCGUGCCUGAAGGUGCACUGCAGCGCGGGCCGCGUGUGCGAGAUCGACGAGCACGGGGACGCCGUCUGCAACUGCAUCAAGGAGUGCCCCUACGAGACAGACUCCCGCCGGAAGGUGUGCACGAACCACAACGAGACCUGGUCGUCGGACUGCGAGGUGUACCGGCAGCGCUGCCUGUGCCUGGACGGGUCGGAGCUGUGCCGCGGGCCGCAGUACCACCACGUGCAGAUCGAGUACUACGGCGCGUGCCGCCAGAUGGCCGCGUGCACGGACGCGGAGAUGGUGGACUUCCCGCGGCGCAUGCGCGAGUGGCUGUUCAACAUCAUGCGCGACCUGGCGGAGCGGCGCGACCUCACGCCGCACUACCUGCGCAUGGAGCGCGAGGCCGAGAGCGACCACACGCGCCGCUGGACCAACGCCGCCAUCUGGAAGUGGUGCGACCUGGACGCGCACGACAACGACAGGUUCGUGUCCCGGCACGAGCUGUUCCCGAUCCGCGCGCCGCUGAUGGCGCUGGAGCACUGCAUCGCGCCGUUCCUGGACGCGUGCGACGCCGACCACGACCACCGCAUCACGCUCGCCGAGUGGGGCCGCUGUCUGCAGCUGCAGGAGUAUGAACUAGAAGACCGCUGCGACGAGUUCAUAGACGACUCGGAGUCGGAGACUACUCGUACGUAGAGCGCCGCUCGAGCAAAUCGACAAUAAGUCACUGCCAUUACACAUUUUUAGAUUAUAAAAUAUUGAUGUAGCGAUAAUAGCAUACCUUUUAUUUUAACCAAAGUGCUAGUUAAUGAAAAGGUGCUUACUGGAUAUGAGUGGAUGAUGCGACUCUUAUGAGUGUAAUAUUGUAAAUAUACCUAUCUACUGUGAUUACGAUUCUACCAAAUGCAGUAAUUGUACUAUUUUUUUUAAUAAACCAUUAUAUUU